CAUAUUUAAUAUCAAAAAUUCCUUACCUGGGUAACAAAUUCACACCGCCAUUACAUACAUCCAUGAGAGCUGUUUCCAGAGCGUCAUCGAUGGCAAAGUUUCAAAGCAGUUACGAGACUAAGCAAUCCUGCUCAACCCCACCGCUUGAAUGAAACCAUAGGGUGUAACAGUUGUAAGCCCUCACUAUGUCUGAGGUAUUUAUAUGUAUUGCUUUGGAGGUGUUGGUUAACUUCUCGGGCACCUUUAUUCAACAGUCACCCAAAAAGAACAGUCUUACGAACGAAUCAAACUGGACUCUAAUAUCAAGAAACAACGACUGGUGGUGGUAUUCUAAUAUUUGUGGGGGGAUGAAGAUAUGACCAAUAAUUUCUUGACUAAAACUUAAACCAGCCUUCAAAAAUCCCUUCUUAUUACACAAAAUAGUGGUUAUAUGGACUAGUUUUGAUAAAGAACUGAUUGUCAGGAAGAGGAUAGACAUUGUUGGAAGAGGUUACUCUGGUUACAACACUCGUAUGUUCAGACCUUUACUUCCAAUACUCUAUCCGAACAAGGAUUCAUUAAAGGAUUGUAUAUUUUUCAUUAUUUUUCUUGGAGCUAAUGAUUCAUGUGUCACUCCACGACAACAUGUACCAGUUGAAGAAUACAAAAGUAAUCUAAGUUGGAUGAUUAAAUAUCUUCAUGAAUUAGGUGUACCUAUGGACCAUAUUUCACUAAUCAGUUUACCUCCUAUUGAUGAGAACAAAUGGGGUGCUACUGAGAUAGCUAAAGGAAAUGCAAUUACACGAAGACUAGUUACUUGUGCUACAUAUGCAGCUGCGUGUCAAGAGGUUGCCAACAUCAAUAACGUUACUUUCGUUAAUUUGUAUGAAGCAAUGUUGAUGCAAAAAAAUUGGGAAUCUUUUCUUUCAGACGGUUUGCACUUUUCUAGAAAAGGAUCUGAGUUUUUAGCGAGGAUUUUAGAAAACAUACUCACGGACAAAUUAGGUGAUUUAAAGUGGUGGUUUCCAGACUGGAAAGUUAUAGACCCAGACGACCCAGCGACAUCUAUCAGUCACUAUCAUCAGUCCCAAACUUGAUGUUUUCCUCAGUUAUUUCACUGAAUAUACUUUUUUCAGAUACAUUGUAACUGUUUCAGUUGUGUUUAUUUGUUAGUUCGUACUCAAAGAGUUAAAAUUAAUUUAAAAUACAGGUAUAUGUGAA